GCAGUGAUGAGCUCACUCUGCCCAGAGGUAUGCGCCGCACCGAACUUGGAAUCCAUCGAUCAACGCGACUGACGAGGCCAACACAGNCGACGGUCCAAAAGAUCAUCACCGAAGUACUCGCCAACGACCAGGGAAUGUCCUUCGCCAAGGAGACUCGAGACCUGCUCAUAGAAUGCUGCGUCGAGUUCAUCACCAUGAUAUCCUCCGAAGCCAACGAGAUUGCCGAAAAGGACGCCAAAAAGACAAUUGCUUGCGAACACAUUGUCAAGGCUUUGGAAGAGCUAGGAUUCAAUGAAUAUGUGCCGGACCUGCUCGAGGUCGCGCAGCAGUUCAAGUCACAACAGGCGAUAUGGAAAGACAGCUUGGAAGAGGACAGUGCUGAUACAGAGUCAACAGNNAGUCGCGAGAAGAAGCAAAGCAAGAUCGAGCAGUCUGGCAUGACCGAGGAGGAACUGCUUAGACAGCAGGAAGAGCUAUUCAGAUCAGCAAACGAGAAGUUCAACGCUGGACCUGCAGAGCCAGCUGAACCUGCAGCA